UCCAUGCCCUCGUUUGUAAUAUAUAUGAGAGUCCCAUUAAUGUAGAAGUGGAAGCUCAUCACAAGCAGAAAUGGCAAAGGCAAAUGGUGAAACCAAUUCUGUUGUCUCUGAUUUUAUCGACUUCUUGAACGCUUCCCCCACUGCUUUCCAUGCCGUUGAGGAAGCAAAGAAGCGUCUGGUAAGAGUGGGAUAUGAACAACUCUCUGAAACAGAGGAUUGGAAAUUAGAAGCCGGCAAGAAGUACUUCUUCACCAGAAAUCAUUCAGCUAUUCUUGCUUUUGCGAUCGGUAAAAAAUACGUUGCUGGAAAUGCAUUCCAUAUUGUUGGUGCACACACUGAUAGCCCUUGUUUAAAAUUGAAGCCUAUAAGCAAGAUUACAAAGGGUGGAUUUCUGGAAGUUGGGGUUCAAAUAUAUGGGGGUGGGCUGUGGCACACAUGGUUUGAUCGAGACUUAACAUUUGCAGGAAGGGUGAUUUUAAGGGAGGAAAAAGAUGGUUCUGUUUCAUAUGCCCAUCGUCUUGUUCGAAUUAAAGAGCCCAUAUUGAGAGUCCCCACACUAGCAAUUCACUUGGACAGGGAUUCAGUCGCAUUUGCGGUGAACACAGAGACCCAACUUCUCCCUAUUUUGGCAACAACUAUUAAGGGGGAAUUGAAUAAAGUUGUUACCAAAAACGAUGCACAAAAUGGCGAAGAGAAAACAGAUCAGAAGUCAACGCCUACUAGCUCAAAGCAUCACUUGCUUGUAUUACAGCUACUUGCUGAGCAACUUGGCUGCGAACCAGAUGACAUAUUUGAUUUUGACUUGCAAGUUUGUGAUGCCCAACCAAGUGUGAUUGGCGGCGCUAAGAGAGAAUUCAUAUUCUCUGGAAGGCUGGACAAUUUAUGCAUGACAUUUUGCUCUUUGAAGGCACUGAUUGACAGUACAUCUUCUGAAAGUAGCCUUGAGGACGAGCCUGGUAUCAGAAUGGUGGCCUUGUUCGACAAUGAGGAGGUUGGAUCUAAUUCAGCCCAGGGGGCUGGAUCUCCAGCAAUGCUUGAUGCUUUAUCACGAAUUACGACUUCCUUUAGCUCAUACCCUUCGCUGGUUGAAAAAGCUAUCCAGAAAAGUCACCUGGUCUCUGCUGAUAUGGCGCAUGCAUUACACCCUAAUUAUAUGGAAAAGUACGAAGAUAAUCAUCGGCCUAAGUUCCAUGGAGGACUGGUCAUCAAGACCAAUGCAAAUAAUAAAUACGCAACUAAUGCAGUCAGUUCUGCCAUAUUCCGGGAGUUAGCUAUAAGACAUAACCUCCCUGUCCAGGAAUUUGUGGUGCGCAAUGACAUGGCUUGUGGCACAACCAUUGGGCCAAUCCUUGCAAGCGGGUUAGGUAUACGAACCGUAGAUGUGGGAGCGCCACAGCUAUCAAUGCACAGCAUUCGAGAAGUAUGUGGCACUGAUGAUGUUGAUUACUCCUACCAACAUUUCAAGGCUUAUUUCGAAGAGUUCUCAAGUCUUGAUACCAUCCCCGCUGAUAUCUAGAACCUUCUUUCUCAUAUUCUAACUUCUAAGAAUAUUAAAAUAAGGUUAGGAAUUUAAACCUACCAUCCAUAAAAACCAUUACCAUUAGGAAUUUAAACCUACCAUCCAUAAAAACCAUUACCAUGGAUGGUUAUGUAACCUUUUCUAUUCUAUGUAAUUCCAUUAACUACUGUCAAGACAUUUUAUAUCAAUAAAAUCAGAAGUCAAUGGAUGAAUUCGUAGAA